AUGAAUCGAUGUGAACGUAUGCUGUGCGACCAUAAUAAAGUAGAACAAGAACUACUACAACAGCGGCAGAGAGCCCACACUGCUAUGUUAAAACUCGAGAGAAAAUAUACAGAACUAUCAAGGUGGUCGGAGGACACAGAGCAGUACAAAAGCACGGCCAAACUCUACUUUGAACAUAAGAAGAAAGAACAACUCUCGAUUGUUCAGAUUGGGUAUAAGCGAGCCAAAAAAACUACCCAAGCAAUGUCGAAAGCCGCCAGCAAGUUAGGCGAGAGCAUUCUGACAUACAACAAUCUUUCAGAGCAGUCAGCGUAUUUUUUUGAGGAUUCUACAUCCGCGAUUCAACCGCUGACUAUGGCAGACGUUAUCGCCUCCGACUGUUGGAUUUGGCAACACUUUGACGGGCUACAGACAGCUGAGAACGUACAAACGAGCACUCAGUAG